AGUAAACAUUUGAGGUUAAAUGGAGUAAUAGGUUAUCUUUAUUUUAUUGUGAUGUCUUUAUUAAAGCAAUAUAAAUUCGAGUGUCGGGUCAGUUCAGUUUUAAAUAAAAAUAAUCGAUCUUAUGGAAAAAAUCACAUGUUUGAUAAUUGCCCUGAAACUUGUUGGAAUUCUGACGCAGGAACACCACAAUGGAUAAUUAUUAAUUUUGAACAAGAAUGUGAAGUAAAACUAUUUGAAAUUGAAUUUCAAGGUGGAUUUGUUGGAAAAGAUUGUUAUUUAGAAGUUGGUAAUAGAGAAACAAAAUUUCAUGAAUCAUUUUAUCCAGAAGAUAAAAAUACAACACAGAUAUUUCAUUUAAAAAAUCCUGCAAAAGCAAAAACUUUUAAAUUUAUAUUUAAUGAAAGUACAGAUUUCUUUGGCAGAAUAAUCAUAUACAAGUUAUCUUUACAUUCGUAA